GUGGAGGUUGCGGUGUUGGUGGUUGUCCCUAUACUAAGAUCUAUGAAGGCGAAAGAAGCUGCUCGACGGUGUCGACGCAGUAGUGGUGCAAGCGCGCGAGUGAAUACUAAUAUGGUGACGACAAUCAAGAUCACCGGCGACGGAGUGUUUAUCCAGUCCAAUUCGUAUCUGGCAAACGGCGGGGGCGGCGGCAUCGGUGCACAUCUCCACAGCCGCCAACAGUCAGCGUCGUCCGAACCGGGUGGCAAUUCGUCCGGUAGCAAUAGUAGUUCGCUAUCCCGUGGUGGGGAAUUCGGUGGACCGGGCAGUGAUCACGGCAGCUCCUCGAGCGGUGGCCACGAGGAUCAUCAAAUGAGUCGAUCGUUUACAAAUAUUGUUAAAGACCGGGUGGAUCGAGACAGAAAUAACAAUAAUAGUUUGGAUCCAAGAGUUGCUUUCAGUGAUAGUAAUAAUAAUUUUCCGAAAAUUUCAAGAAGACGGUAUCAGUCGGAAGAAGUGCUCCCUCGGUUGCAAAAGUUCAGUGGAAGUUCGGAUGGGUCGGAUACAGUGGACGCUGCCGGUUCCACAUAUUAUAACAGUAGUGCCGAAUCGGAUGAUCAAUUCACGAUAUCUUUUCUGAACACUCGCGGGCAUAACGGGAAAAGUUUACUUAACCAAAAGUUCAUAGUCUACAACAGCAAGAAACCAAGACAGUCCAGUAUCCUAACGCAAAACGGUUACCAUCACCCGGGCCAGUAUCGGCAGUACCUGAAUGGACGUCUCAAGCCGGCCUAUUCAACGUCGGUUCUAACCUCCCCUUCGUUGAUAGCUGCCAGUAUCGCCGAGAGUAGUCCGGAUCGUCCGUCCACCGGGACGCCACCUCCAAGACUUACGGUCGCUAAGUCUACUUCGUACCUACAGCGGACGAUAUCGCCGGCUCCGUCCCCGUCGCUGUCCUCGCUGUCACCUUCUAGUGGAUUUGCGUCGACUUCACCGACGCCGCCUUCGUCGGGAUCGCUGCCCACGGCAGCAGCAGCAUCCCCGCAGUCAGUCACCGACUUGUCAUCGGGUCAGUAG